AUGGCUGUUGCUGCUUAUGCAUCCUUGGUUUCACUUUCCAACAUCCUCGAAAAUCUUCACAAUCGUGCCGAAGCUCAUCUCCCAAGUGUGGACAUGGAGCAAAUUGAAAUGCUUGAGAAAAAUAUCCACAUCUUGGUAAAGUUUGUUGAGCUUCAUGCAGAAAGAAAUAUCGAAAUGUUAGGAGGGUUGUGGAGGCAAAUAGCAAAGGCUGCGUUUGAAGCAGAAGCUACAAUCAACUUCCAUGUAGUCAAUCAACUUCAAUUGAGAUCUCAAGAAGGAACAAGUGACACAGGCUUCUCGGCCUUCUGCGAAGAUAUGGCGAGAUUGAUCCGAAAGUUCUGUUCUAUCAAUGAAGAGAUGCCAAUAAUCGAAGAGGAAGGCGAGGAUCCUCAGGCUGGAAAGCAACCAAGUACUUAUGUCCCUACUGCCGGUUCGAUUACUACUUCAAGCAUCACUAAUGUCCCAAUUGGAAUUUUCGAGCACGUGGAUAAGAUCUGGGGAGAUCUGGUAAAUAGCAAUUCAAAGCGCAAAAUCCUCCCAAUUGUUGGCAUGGGCGGGAUUGGUAAGACAACUCUUGCUAGAACAUUAUUUGAUGAUUCAUUUAUUGAUGAUCACUUUGAUAUACGUAUUUGGCUUUCAAUAUCUCAAGUAUAUAGUAUUGAUCGAAUCCUUAAAGUUGCUCUUCAAGAGGAGGGGGGCAGCCAAGGAACAUGUGAAAGUUCUAAUGAGUUGGAAGUUAGAUUGUACCAAAGAUUAUUUGACAGAAGGUAUUUGAUUGUUUUGGACGAUGUAUGGACAAGGGAAGUUUGGGAUGACCUACAAAGGUGCAUUCCCGACAAUGAGAAUGGAAGUUGUGUUUUGUUGACCACUAGACUAUCCGACAUAGCGAUGUCAUUGAGCUCAAAUGAUCCUUACAAGAUGACCUUUUUAGAUGACGAUAAAAGUUGGGCUUUAUUUUGUCAAUACGCCUUCGCUCAAAUAGGUUGUCCUUAUGAAAAUUUGAAGAAAUUUGCAAAGGAUGUCGUAAAAAGUUGUAGAGGUCUUCCCUUAGAAAUUGUUUCUGUUGGUGGUUUACUUGCAAAUUCCGACAUGACGCCAACCUAUUGGGAAAACAUUGUGAAAAAAAUUUACUCUCUUUCGGAUUUGGGACAUGAAGAGCAUUGUUUGAGAAUACUAUCUUUGAGUUACAAAAGCUUGCCCAUUCAUCUCAAACCGUGCUUUUUAUAUAUGAGAGCUUUCCCUGAAGACGAUCAAAUUAAUGUAGGCAGUCUAAUCGACUUCUGGAUUGCUGAGGGAUUCAUAAAAUCUAUGAGUCCAAAAACCUUGGAAGAGACUGGGAGAGAGUUUGUAAAAUGUCUUAUUGAUAGAAAUCUAAUAUUUAUGAGGAAUGCAGAAACAUGUGGUAUUCAUGAUCUUUUACGGGACCUGUGUGUAAGAGAAUCAAAUGACGAACAAUUCAUUCGGUCUCCAAGAGUGCAAUAUGUUAGGUCGGGUUUUAGAGUCGACACUUGCUGCUUCCUUUGUAGUAAAGAAAUAAACGACAGAGAAAGAGCAUGUCUUCCAUCACUGGUUCAGAAUAUUCCAUCAUCCUCGAAAGUCAGUCCUUCUGUUUGCGAUGAUUGCAAACCGAUGUAUUCACAUGUUACAAGAACAUGUUUGCUGAGGACAGUCGAUAACGUUGAAAGCUUGUACGAAGAUGGCUUUUGCAAAGAAAUAUUACAGCCAACAGAACUGAGGUAUGCUUCUAUCAGUCUUUCGUACCAUGGGAAAUUUGCAUCUCCUUCAGUUCUGCACUUACUUUGGAAUCUUCAAACUCUAAUAAUCGAUGGAAUCCAUUCUCCAUCUUUUGUUUUACCACGGGAGCUUUGGAAAAUGCCACAACUUAGACAUAUAAGAAGUAAGUGUGGGGCUACCUUACCGGAUCCGGAGGAAGACUUCCUUGUCCUAAACAACCUUCAGACGCUGUCCAUUAUACUAAACUUCAAGUGGAAGAAGGAAACCAUUGCAAGAAUCCCAAAUUUGAAGAAACUCAGUAUAAGGGGGGAGAUGACACAUUCAAAAGAUUCUGUGUGUAAUCUGCGGGAGCUGCACGAGCUAAAAAAUCUUGAAUCACUUUCAGUAGCUUAUUGCUUCGAGCAAAUCAGCUUCCCAAGUUCACUCAAAGAAGUGUUUUUGUUGCAAUGCAAAAUGGAGUGGAAAGAUGUGUCGGCAAUUGGUACAUUGCCUUGUCUUGAAACGCUUACGCUAUUUUUUGGCGUGGAAGGAUCAGAGUGGAACCCGGUUGAAGGUGAAUUUAGUGUAUUAAAACAGCUUUUCAUCGGAUAUAUGAAUUUAGUACAAUGGAAUGCUGAAUCUAUCCAUUUUCCAAAACUUGAGAGGCUUCGACUUUGCGACUUAGAUUUUUUGGAGGAGAUUCCAGCUGUGAUUGGAGAUAUUUCAACACUACAAACAAUCCAGUUGUCUCGAUGCUGUGAUUCUGUCAUUGAGUCAGCAAAGCAGCUGUGGGAGGAUCAACAGGAGUAUGGAAGUGAUGUUAGAAUUGAAGUCACUGACAAAAAUGGAGUCUCCUAUCGAAUUGGGAGUUCCAUUGCAAGAACCUCGGCGACUGCUUGUGUGUGUUUAGCUUAUUUAAAACGCAUCGGCGACAGACUCCAGGAGAUUUCUAAACAUGGCGAGUGCUGUCUAAACACGAAACAAAUGAAAAGAGUCGAGGAAGACACCAUUUUCUUGAGGGACUUUGUUAAAGUUCAUCACCUGAGUAAAAUCGGAGCAAUGGAGAGUCUGGCAAGUAAAAUCACUCAGGUCGAUUGUGAAGCAUUGAUUGCGCUCCACAUUUGGACACACUGUUAG